AUGGCGACAACUCCAAAGCCAUCCUCUGUGGCCACUGACGAAGAAGGAAUUGCCAGAAGGUUUUGGAUCAAGUUCCGCAAAGAGUCGAUUCUUGCUCUCUAUACUCCCUUUGUGGUCUGUUUGGCUGCUGGGAAUUUACCGAUAGAGACUUUCCGGCAUUAUAUUGCGCAGGAUGUUCAUUUUCUCAAAGCCUUUGCCCAAGCGUAUGAAUUGGCAGAGGAGUGUGCGGAUGAUGACGAUGCCAAGGUGGGGAUAAGCGAGUUGCGAAAGAAUGUCCUUGAAGAAUUGAAAAUGCAUGAUUCAUUUGUACAAUUUGUAGUUGGUUCCCAUCUCGCUGGCAUGCUAGAAACUGGGAUGUAA